UACACAGCCCAUAACCUAAAACAAUAUACGCCGCUAAAAAGUUUUGUUUACUUUUUGUGCAAAACGAAUAAAGUUGCAAGGCAGGUUUAAGGCUUGCAGCGAUGUCAUUUGAAUAUAUUAUUUGAAUUUUUGGCCCUGAAAAGUUGCCUGACAACUUUUCAAGUUACAUAAUUAUAGCUAGCGCGUGUUGAAUUGAAUGCAAUUUUGCAGUGUUAACUUAGUUGUUGAAUAGUGAGGACUAGUUUGGAACAUAGUUUCAAUUAGUUGCUGCAGUUUAAGAAGAUGAAGCUGUGGAAGACGCUGAGCCGGCGCAAGUCGCUGACCUCCCUCUGCACCGAGGAGUCGCAGCUGGGCAAAGUGCUGUCCAUCCUCGACCUGACCGCCCUGGGCGUGGGCAGCACCCUCGGGGUGGGCGUCUAUGUCCUGGCAGGGUCGGUGUCCAAGGAUGUCGCCGGACCUGGGGUCGUCUUGUCCUUUCUCUAUGCCGCCAUUGCGUCUGCGUUUGCUGGUAUAUGUUACGCUGAAUUCGGAGCUCGGGUACCGAAGGCUGGAUCAGCAUAUGCUUAUAGUUAUGUAACGAUAGGAGAAUUUGUAGCUUUUAUCAUAGGAUGGAAUUUAAUUAUGGAGUAUGUAAUAGGUGGAGCUAGCGUAGCAAGAGGCCUAAGUCUAUAUUUAGACUCAUUAAUGGACGGACAGAUGGAGAAAUACUUCAGAAGUAUUAUAUCAAUUGAGUCUGAGUUUCUAUCAGAAUAUUUCGACCUUUUUGCAUUCACAGUCUGUGUGAUUCUUGGCUUCUCAUUGGCUGUUGGGCUCAAGGAGUCGAUGAUUUUAAAUAAUUUCCUAACCUUGGUCAACAUAUCUGUCGUAUUAUUUGUGAUCAUUUUUGGAGCUUUCAAAGCUGACAUUACAAACUGGAAAAUACCCAAAGCGCAGGUUCCAGAAUGGGCCGGGGAAGGUGGUUUUCUACCAUAUGGAAUAUUUGGCACCAUAAAAGGUGCUGCCACCUGUUUUUAUGGUUAUGUCGGGUUUGACUGUAUUGCCACAACUGGAGAAGAAGUUAAAAAUCCUCAACGCGCAAUUCCUUUAGCGAUUAUUAUUUCGCUGACAAUCAUUUUCCUGGCUUAUUUUGGAGUUGCUUCAGUUCUUACCAUGCUACUUCCAUACUAUUUACAGGAUGUGAAUGCUCCUAUACCUUAUGCCUUCUCACAAGUGGGUUGGACUUACGCCCAAUGGACAGUUGCUAUUGGAGGAACUUUUGGACUUUUUGCUAGUAUGUAUGGUGGUAUGUAUCCCCUCCCAAGAAUCAUCUAUGCCAUGUCUAAUGACGGAUUGCUGUUCAAAAGUCUGGGAGAAGUUCAUAAAAAAUAUAAAACUCCGUUUAUUGGAACCAUCUUAUCUUGCGUGUUGACAGGAAUCAUGGCGGCUGCUUUCCAACUAAAGCAUUUGGUGGAUAUGAUGUCUAUGGGGACACUGGUAGCUUAUACCAUAGUAGCUGCUUGUGUACUACUUUUGAGAUACCGUGAAAGCAACGAAGCAACUGAUUCUAGACAGUCGAGAGUGAACGAACACACAAGACUUCUAACUAGCAACAACGAGGUGACAUGUUGCUCAGUUGCUAAGCAACUUUUUAAUUUCGGCGUUGUAACGGAAGCUACCAAAGUGACUUCGUUUGUCGCUAGCACACAGAUUGUUACUUUUUGUAUUCUAUCAAUAGUCCUAUCCUUCUGCCUAGUACAAUGGGAGAUGCAUCUAAUAGAGGGGUCCAGUCAGCACAUUACAAUGUGCCUAAUAUUGGCUUCUAUUAUGCUAGUCUGUCUUCUAUCCAUUUGUAGACAGCCUAGCAACACUAAGGGACUGUCUUUCAAGGUUCCUCUAGUUCCGAUUCUACCAGCUCUGAGUAUAUUCCUCAAUAUCUACCUCAUGAUGCUGAUGGAUAAUGAUACAUGGAUUCGAUUCACCGUAUGGAUGAUUGUCGGUUUAUUCAUCUAUUUUGGUUACGGCAUUUCGAACAGUGUGGAGAAAGAUUCAAAAGUUGUGAGGUCUGUAGACUAUGACUCUAACGGUCACUGGGCACCGGAGAAUGAACACUUGGUCUCAUGAACAACGGAGAGUCUCACUUGAUCACGAUCUCAGUUCAUCAUGUGCCUGACCAUAGUGAGGUCCACGUUAUAAUGGUGGUAUUUGAUCAACAUUGGUGUUGCUAUCCUUGUUUAUCAUUCCACAAAGCAGAUAGCAAUAUCCUGUUCUGUAUCAAAUUAUGGUGUUGUGUAUCAAGUUGAGAUAAUACUGUAUCAUAUUGUCGUUAUGUCGAACACUAAUUUCUUUAGUGAGGUCCACGUUAUAAUGGUAGUAUUUCAUCAACAUUGGUGUUGCUAUCCUUGUCUAUCAUUCGGCGAAAACAGAUAGCUCUAUCCUUAGCUAGCUCCGCAUCGUUCUCACAUCGUAGAUUUAGAAAUUUUAUUGAUUGACAAAAUAUUUUAUCUCAAUUAUUAAAAUUUGUCAUUGAGUAAUUGAAAAAUAUAUUUUCUUGACAAACAAUAAUAGAUUAUUGGUCAUUUUAAACAAGAAAAAUAUAUAUAAAAAAGACAAAUAAUAAUAAUAAUAUACAGAGUGACACAGAAUAACGGGAACUUUUAAAAACUUUAUAAAACAUUAGUGGGAAGGGCAAAAAUGAUUUUAUUCAAACUAAUGUAAAGUUCAAGACUUGCCAUUUGAGAAUUAUUAAUAACAUGUAUCACUCAUUGACAA